AUGGAGAAGGAAAGAGAGAAUGAGACCAAACGACGCUCAGCAAAUUCUGUUGUUCUUUCUUCUCCAACGAUCUUCGAUUCGGUCACCGAAUUGACUGGUGGAGAGCGGAUUCAAGGAGCUGUAAUUGUAACUAAGUUGCAUUUGUUAGUGGUGGUUCAAUAUGGAGUGGCUGCAGACUGCUACAGAAACAAAAUUUAUACUGCAGUUUUUCUUGUGCACAUCACUCCUGCAAUAGCUGCCAAAAUUAUGGCCUUUUGCAUACAAGUGCUAUGA